AUCAUGGCAGCUGGUUCAAAAACUUCGGCAUCUUUCCGCAAUUUCGCUUUUGCAAGCCAUCUAUAAUAGAGAGAUCAAAAAUAUGGACGGAGGAGAGGCGACUAUCGAUGACUCUCUAUACAGUCGACAGAGAUACAUGCUUGGAGAUCAUGCCAUGCACAAGAUUAACAGAUCAACUGUAUUUCUUAAUGGGCUUGGUGGAAUAGGCAUUGAAAUAGCAAAAAAUGUGGUCCUAGCAGGUGUGAAGGCAAUAACUCUCCAUGAUACAAGGACUGCUACCUAUCUCGAUCUUGGAUCAAAUUUUUUUCUUUGUGAGGAUGAUGUAGUUAAGAAAAGGAAUAGAGCUGAAGCUUGUUCUAGAAGCCUUGCUGAGCUAAAUCCCUAUGUCUCGAUAAACACAGAAAGUAAAGCUAUUGAUGACAAUAAAUUAGACUUCUUGAAAGAGUACCAGUGUGUGAUUCUAACAGAUUCUGUACUGAGCUUACAAAUAAAGGUUGAUGAAUUCUGCAGAUCUCAGACUCCACCAAUCCAGUUUAUCAGCACCAAUGUCUUUGGAGUCUUUGCGUACUUAUUUUGCGAUUUUGGACCAGAGUUUGAAGUUCUUGACAUAUGGACAGAAGAACCAAAAUCAUUUUUUAUAGGCAGCAUAACCAAGUCUAAUCCUGGUGUUGUGACUACCUUGGAUAAUAUGCAUCAUGGCCUAGAGAAGGGAGAUAAAAUUAUAUUCAAAGAAUUAGUCGGUAUGGAAUUAUUAAAUGGAUCUGAACAAGUUGUAAAAAAAGUUUUGUCACCAUAUUCCUUUGCUAUAUGUGAYACUUGUGAUAUUGAGUUUACGCCGUACAAGUACGGGGGAAUCGCAUCCAUAGCAAAGCCUGCCUCAUCAAAUCUCUCUUUUAAAAGUUUAAAAGAUCAACUAGAGACACCAGAUAUUGUUAUAGCUGACUUCAUGAAAACUGAUAUUCCUGUUCAACUUCAUGUUGGGAUGCRUGCUGUUCAUCUAUUCUGGGAGAAGAAUGGACRUCUUCCYCAAGUAAGGAAUAGUAAAGAUGCACUAGAAGUCYUCAAAAUAGCAUCAGAUAGUUGCCAUGGUGAACUAGACAGCAAUGUUAUUAGAUCUCUGUCUUAUGUAAGUCAAGGCUGCUUUGCUCCACUUGCUGCWGCCAUGGGUGGUAUUGCUGCCCAGGAAGUACUGAAGGCUCUUACGGCAAAGUUUAAUCCAUUAAAACAAUGGUUAUACUUAGAUGUCAUUGAGACUUURAAAAAAUGUGAAGAUGAAGAUAUUUCAAACUUUUUGCCAAGGUCAAGUCGAUAUGAUACUUUAAGGAUUUGCAUAGGUAGUACAGCUCUAAAGAGGUUGAAUGACUUCAAUUUAUUCAUGGUAGGGUGUGGUGCAAUUGGGUGCGAACUUUUGAAGAAUUUUGCAUUAUUAGGUGUGUCCACAGGAGAAAAUGCUACGCUCACAAUCACCGAUGAUGAUUUGAUUGAAAAAUCCAACUUGAACCGACAGUUCCUCUUUCGUCAGCAACACAUUCAAAAACCAAAGUCUAUCACAGCAGCCCAGUCAGUACAGCAUAUCAACCCUGAAAUUCAUAUACAUCCCUUGGUGGAGAGAGUUUGCCCUCAGACACAGAAGACAAUWUUUCAUGAUGGUUUCUUUAAGUCUCAAGACAUAGUUGUUAAUGCUCUGGAUAAUGUGGAGGCAAGGAGAUAUAUAGACAGCCGCUGUGUKUGUAAUCAAAGAGGUCUGAUAGAGACUGGUACAAUGGGAGCUAAAGGACACGUACAGGUUAUUGUACCCUUUCUUACUGAGAAUUAUUCUAGUCAGCGAGAUCCAGAAGACAACGAAGUCCCAUACUGUACACUCAAGUCCUUUCCUUCUAUAAUUGAGCAUACAAUACAAUGGGCAAGAGAUAAGUUUGAAAACACCUUUAUCCACAAAACAGAUAUUUUUAAACAGUUUUGGGUCCAAUAUAAAACACCUAAGAACGCUUUGAAGGUCCUUGAAAUGAUGCAAAAUCUAGAAGCUGUUGUUGUAGUUACAAAAAUGAUGAAAAACCAACCCAAGUCAUGGAGUGACUGCGUAGCUUUAGCUAGGAAUAAAUUUGAAAAAUAUUUUAGUCAUAAAGCCAAAAAUCUAUUAAGAGCAUUCCCUCUUGAUAUCACUCUAAAAGAUGGAACACCAUUUUGGAAAAGCCCUAAACGUCCACCAACUCCUUUGGUUUUUGACAUUAAUGAUGAUCUUCACACUAUGUUCAUCACUAGUGCAAGCAGAUUAUAUGCUGAUAUAUACAAGAUUCACUAUACACAAAAGGAUAUUUCAAUGGAAGAACUAUGUAGAGUUUUGUCUAAUAUUGAAGUUGUGAAGUUUUCUCCAUCUGACAAGGAGAUACUUACAGAUGAAACAAAGACAAAGCCAUCAAAAGAUAUCAAAACCUGUGACUAUCUCAAGUAUUGCAGAGAAGAGCUCACAAGACUAGAUGCAUUACCACACGAUAUUAAUUUUGAAAAUCAAAUCAUUGCUUUAAAAUUUGAAAAAGAUGAUGACASCAAUGGACAUAUUGAUUUCAUUGCAGCCGCAGCGAAUCUUCGUGCUCAGAUGUAUAAUAUUGAGACUGUAGAUCGAUUAAAAGUGAAACGCAUUGCUGGAAAGAUUAUCCCUGCCAUUGCUACYACUACAGCUGCUAUAGCAGGACUGGCAUGUAUUGAACUGGUAAAGUUCACCAUGGCAAGUGYUUUGAAUGAGUAUCRUAAUAGUUUUAUCAACCUGGCCUUACCUUAUGUCAUCUUUGCUGAACCUGGAGCUGUUAAACACACGAUAAUCAAGGAAGGUCUCUCCUAUUCAAUAUGGGAUCACUGGACAGUUCAUGGCCACAAGAACUUCACWUUGAAAGAAUUUAUUGAUUGGUUUAAGGAACAUCAUGGCUUGGAUGUAUCCAUGGUUGUGCAAGGUGUGCGUAUGAUAUAUAUACCAGUAAUGCCUGGACAUAGCAAAAGACUCARCCAAUCGAUGACCAAACUACUGCGAUUGGAUCAUUCCCAGACGUAUGCUGAUCUUACUGUGUCAUUUGCUGCUCCACAGUAUGAUCAAGAUGAUCUACCUGGUCCUCCUAUACGAUACAYUAUUGAUAACCACUAAUAAACAUUGAUAAUAUCUACUUGUAAAUAUGUAAAGUAUCAGUGGUAGAGUAUUAGUCAGGGUCUAAUAAAUUAACUUAUUUUUUCAA